ACCACGGGCAGCGGCCGCCGCAUCACGCAGAGUCCGCCCGUGUUUAUUUUUAGAAGCUCCCGUUCCGCACUCAUCCCCCACCUUCAUGUUCCUGCAAUAAUACGUGUGUGUGCAGGCCGGUUUCACGGCUGCGACGCGGAGAAAGGACCGUGACAACACGUCCGUCCUGUAACUGCAAAUUAAUGAUGAGUUUUUACAGAGCCCGAACUGGCCCGGCCAUAAAUACAGAGUACCUGGCCAGUUUCCGUCCUCCCAGCUUCUACGCUGCCAUCACAACCCAGAACCUUUACCACCCACUCAGAGGAACAAGUGCACAGAUCACUUCAAUCAGCACGAGGUACGUCUCCAAACAACCAACAAGCAGUGCACCGACGCCUGCAAGGCCAUCAGUCCCACCUAGAAGGGACAUCGGCACGGCACAGAAGCUUGCACGCCCCCAGGUGACCCGGACGGACUACACGACUACGUACCAAAGUGAUUACAAAGCUUGGGCACCAGAUGAGCCGUUUCGACCAAAAGCCAACAUGAGCGUUGACGAGACGGUACCCAAGACAGGCCGUCCUCCUAUAGUGGGAAAGACAAACUUUGCAUGGAACAGAGAGCGGAUACCCUUUGAGAGCCUCACCACCUAUAGAGCGGAUUACGCCCCUCACCCAGUCCAGCCCAGGUGUAACGACCCCAUGCCUGUCAGUCAGAGUUGCAAAGAGCCGCCGGAGGCCAAUGCUGCAGACCAAGAAUAUCUCGAAUGCCUCCAGCAAUUCGAGACCUGGUCAAUGGAAGCCGAAGAUCUCGACCUGUCAGAUAUCAGGACGUCCCUUGCCACAGCAUACAAAGAACCAAGCUGUCAAGGUCUCCACAACGGUCCGUCUGCGAGGCGAGUUAACGAGAAACAACGGGAACCCUUGCAGGUGUGUGGCACAGCCCUAGUUAAAGACCAACACACGGACUCUGUUAAAAAAGCCGCGGAGUGCUCCUAUGUUGACCCGCCGUCCGACACCAAGAGGCAACACCACAAAAUGGUCAACAGAGCUGCCAACAGGUGCUGCUGCGGCGACAUGGAGAAGAACCAAGCUCCUGCUGGGUUCCCCACCUUAGAGUGCUCCUCCAGUAUGUUCUGGUCCGACAAGUUAAUAAGAGGAAGGAGCUGGUGGUCACUGAGCCACGGCUGACUUCUGGCACCGUCUUACCUUUGUAACAAUAAAAUGUGUAAAAUGAGAAAGCAA